CGUGACCUUUUUCCUCAGGUCGGGGAGCUGGAUCUGACUGCGGAGUCCGCAGGUGGAAGGAGCGAUGUCAGACGAAGAUGAUCUGGAAGACUUUGAGCCAGAUCAGGAGGACUUCGAAAAAGAUGAUGAUGAGAAGGAGACAGAGGAAUGGGAGGACUACAGGAAAGAGGGGGAAGAACUCUCCGAGGACUGGGCUCCCACGCCCCUCACGGAGUACGUGAUGAAGGAAGGGCUUUCCUUACUCUGUAAGACGGGCAGUGGCCUGGCUCAUGCUUACGUCAAGCUGGAGAUUAAAGAGAGAGACCUAACAGACAUCUCCUUGCUACGAUCCUACAUUCAUCUGCGCUACGUGGAUAUUUCUGACAAUCACGUGACGGACCUGUCCCCACUCAAUUACCUCACGCAUUUGCUCUGGCUCAAGGCUGACAAUAAUCGGCUGCACAGUGCCCAGCUCAAUGAACUGCCCUACCUGCAGAUGGCCAGUUUUGCCUAUAACCAGAUCACGGACACGGAAGGCAUUGCUCAUCCUCGUCUAGCCAGCCUGGAUCUCAAAGGCAAUCGUAUCCAGAUGGUGACAGGACUGGACCCCCAAAAGCUGAGCAGCCUGCACACAUUGGAGCUGCGUGGAAACCAGCUGAAAAGCACCAUGGGCAUUAACCUACCCAAGCUGAAAAACCUCUACCUGGCCCAGAACAUGCUGAAGAAGGUGGAAGGCUUGGAGAACCUGAGCAGUCUCACUACCUUGCAUCUUCGAGACAACCAGAUUGAAACGUUGAGUGGCUUCUCCAAGGAGAUGAAGUCCUUGCAGUACCUCAACCUAAGAGGCAACAUGGUGGCUGACCUGUCGGAGCUGGCCAAGCUCCGGGACCUGCCCAAGCUGCGAGCUUUGGUGCUGCUGGAUAACCCGUGUGCGGAUGAGACUGACUACCGUCAGGAGGCCCUGGUGCAGAUCGCACACCUCGAACGCCUGGACAAGGACUUCUUUGAGGAGGAGGAGCAGGCUGAGGCUGAGGAAAUCCGCCAGCGGCUGAAGGAGGAGCAGGAGCAGGAGCAGGAGGCUGAGCAGGGGCAGAACCCGGAUCAGGACCCUGCGCUGCAGUAGCAGCUGUUCUCACGGCCUCUGUGGACGCUGCGGGAGGUGGCAGGGAGGCCAAGGGCUGGGCAGGCAGGGGGAGUGAAGGGGCUGAAGGAG